GGCGGCCUCCUGGAGGCUAGGCUGUGACCCAUCUCUGCUGCGGUAUCUCUUGGGCUUCUCCGGCCGGCGAAGCUUGGUGCUGGCUAAGGGUGCUGUUACCUGCUCUGUCGGCCGUGGACCUAGUUGGAAAUGGUUUCAUAGCACACAGUGGCUGCGGGUUUAUUAAAUUGAACUUUCCUGUGGCUCCCAGAGAUUGUUUCAAAUGGAGCUUGGGGCCUGCAUUUUACAAACAGCCUUAGUUGAUCCUAUUAAAAUACUAAUGCCGUCAUUGUCUCCUACGAUGGAAGAAGGAAACAUUGUGAAGUGGCUGAAAAAGGAAGGUGAUGCUGUGAGUGCCGGAGAUGCACUGUGUGAAAUUGAGACUGACAAAGCUGUGGUUACCUUAGAUGCAAGUGAUGACGGCAUCUUGGCCAAAAUUGUGGUUGAAGAAGGAACUAAAAAUAUUCGGCUAGGUUCACUAAUUGGCUUGAUGGUUGAAGAAGGAAAAGAUUGGAAACACGUUGAAAUUCCCAAAGAUGUAGGUCCUCCACCACCAGUUUCGAAACCAUCAGUUCCUGGCCCCUCACCAGAACCACAGGUUUCUCUGUCUGUAAAGAAGGGGCAUCCACCUGGUGCAUUGCAGUUCCGUUUAAGUCCAGCUGCGCGCAACAUUCUGGAGAAACAUGCACUGGAUGCCAGCCAGGGCACAGCAACCGGCCCUCGGGGGAUAUUCACUAAAGAAGAUGCUCUCAACCUGGUGAAAUUGAAACAGACAGGCAAGAUCACCGAGUCCAGGCCAGCCCCAGCUCCUCCCUCCACUCCCACAGCAUCUGUAGCCCCGCAGGCCACUGCUGCGCCAUCUUAUCCUCGUCCAAUGAUCCCACCAGUAUCGACUCCUGGCCAGCCUAAUGCUGUGGGCACAUUCACCGAAAUCCCUGCUAGCAAUAUUCGAAGAGUUAUUGCCAAGAGGUUAACUGAAUCUAAAAGUACUAUACCUCACGCAUAUGCCACAGCUAACUGUGACCUUGGUGCAGUUUUAAAAGUUAGACAAGAUCUGGUCAAAGAUGACAUUAAAGUGUCAGUAAAUGAUUUUAUCAUCAAAGCAGCAGCUGUUACUCUUAGGCAAAUGCCCAGUGUUAAUGUAAGCUGGGAUGGAGAAGGCCCAAAGCAAAUGCCCUCUAUUGACAUUUCAGUUGCUGUGGCAACAGAUAAAGGUUUAAUUACACCAAUCAUAAAAGAUGCUGCUGGUAAAGGUGUACAGGAAAUUGCUGACUCUGUAAAGGCUCUAUCAAAGAAAGCAAGAGAUGGAAAAUUGUUACCUGAGGAAUACCAAGGAGGAUCUUUUAGCAUUUCCAACUUGGGGAUGUUCGGCAUCGACGAAUUCACUGCAGUGAUCAACCCGCCUCAGGCCUGCAUUUUGGCUGUGGGGAGAUUCCGCCCUGUGCUGAGACUCACUGAGGACGAAGAGGGGAAGUCCAGACUGCAGCAGCACCAGCUUAUUACAGUCACCAUGUCAAGUGACAGCCGAGUGGUCGAUGACGAACUGGCUACCAGGUUUCUUCAGAGUUUCAAAGCGAACCUAGAAAACCCUGUGCGCCUGGCUUAGUUCUCAGAGACGCGAAGUUAAUUAAAUAGUUGUUACCAAGAAACAUACGAUAGUAAGACAAUUGAGUAUUUAAAUAUGAAGUGGAUGAAAUGUUUAUUUAUUUAAAGUGAAAGCAUUGACUCAAGUUGCCUUCAUUUUAAGUUUGGGUUUAUUGCUGUAGAAAUAAAUGAUGAUAAAUUAUAAUUAAUAAAACAUUUCGUUAGAUCCAUUUUUAACCUCUGGUGCUGUACAAAAGGUUUAUUAAACUAGAUGAAAAUCAAAUUAUAUAUUUGACUCACUGGAACGUUUUAGAAUAUUUGAGAAUGUAUUAUAAAACCAAAUCACUGAUAGAACUCUACCUUGAUUGCGUUAAAGGUAGAAGCGGUCCUCAAAAGAUACACCUGUAAGUUAGUAAGACCUCUUUUUUAUAAGCACUGCUCUAGGUAUACUUGAACAACUUAAUAAUACAGAAGUUUAUUCUGUAAUAGUGAUCAAUAUUGCAUUGUAUUGGAGGUUAUAGCAACAUUAUUACCUUUUUAUGUAUAUAAAGCCAUAUAUGUUCUAGCCAUAUAAGUUUCUAUCACUCUUAUUUUUCACUUCUGUUAACACUGUGACUUCCAGAGAAAAAUAUAAGAAAUAAAAAUGAAGAAAGAGAGACCAAAAAAGUUGCUUGGUUUAAUGAAAACCUACAGUUAAAAUUCCAAAACCUUCAGAACUGACUUUCAUGCUGAGUUGAAAUACAUUUAAGUUGUUACCCUAACAUUUUUGAGUGUUAAUUUUAAACACGAAAUGUUGUUUAGGACAUUUUAAUCAAGUUUAUAUUGUGCAAUAAAAUGUGAGAAAAUAACAAUUUCUGUUUUACUUUAAAUGUUGGCAUAUAGAAGUUUAGAUGUUGAAGUACAUUAAUAAUUUCUCUGAGACCUCUUGAAAGGACUUCUUCAGGAAGAAAGGAAGAGUUUAAAAUUAAUAUGACAGUAGAAAACAAACUGAUCAGCAAUGUAGAACUUUGGAAAGAGUAGAAGACUUGUGAAGCAGAACACAUGAGGACUAUCCUUUUAUUCCAUCAAUAAUGUGAAAAUUUUACUAAUUACAAUAAGUGUUAGAAGAGCCUCUUACUUUUUUGGCAACUCUGCCAUACUGGUGCCAUAACUAUAUUUAAAUUGGAUGGUAAUGAAUGGUAAUUUAAUUCACCAGUCACAGAAAGGCUUAAGUUAGAAUCAGCUGACAUAAAUUACCAAAUGAAAGACUUUGGUACAAGUUUUAUUAGGUGUGAUAUGAUGAACUGUAAGCCUUAACAAAAGAGCCUUCUAAAAUAAUUAGUGCAAAUAUAUCAGUUGUUAAGAAAAUGCUUUCUUCAGUUGCUCAGUUUUGUUUUUUGGGGUGGUUUUUUUUUUGGUCUUUUUUUCCUUUUUAUCGGUACCAGGGAUCGAACUCACGACUGCCUGCUUGCAAGGCAGGCGCUUAAAUGCUGCUGAGCUAAAUCCCCAGCCCCCAGCCACUCAGUUUUAAUAAGCCAUUUGUAACAAUAGUUUUUGAAACUUUUGUCAUAUUAAGUUAUAUUUAAAGUUGAAGCCAAAUGCAGUUUUCAAUAAAGUUAAGAUUUUCAAGGUCA